ACGCAGCGCCGGCAGCGGCCCCGCCCUGUCCCGGUCUGCAUGCGCUGCACCGACACUCCCCGGUGUCUCCCCUGUUAGGUUUUCAUUCAAAUCAGUUUCAAUUCUCUCUCAAUUCUUCUUUCUGUCUCUGUUGACUCGGUCCGGUUCGGUUCGGUCCGGGUCAGAUGGCGGCUAACCGGGUGGGGCGGCGGGUGAACCGGGUGUGCGGCAGCCCGUCACCGAGCCGGGAUCCGGGUCAGAACCUGCAGCGGCGGCAGGCACGGGUCACCGUCAAAUACAACCGGACGGAGCUGCAGCGACGCCUGGACGUAGAGAGCUGGACGGACCGGGGACUGGAGCAGCUGUACCGGGGGAGGGAGGAGCAGAUGCCUGAAGAGCUGAACAUCGAUGAGCUGCUGGACCUGAAGACUGUGGAGGAGAGAACACACAGACUGCAGAACAUCCUUCAGUCAUGUCCCAGCAGCACUGAGGUGUUCAUCAGCGAGCUGCUGCUGAAGCUUCAGGGUUUACAGAAGCAGGAGGAUCUGCACGACGGCAUCGACCUGCCACAGCUACACAUCCUCUCCACCCGCUCCCAAUCCGCCCACAGGGAGGCACUGCAUUGAGAUACCGAGCGUCUCCCAACUGAUCCUAAGACCCACGGCACCCCCCCACCACUGGAGCAGGAGGAGCUGGUGUAUGAAACAAACACACUUUAACUUCUAUCCAACAUACCCAGAGUCACUCCACCCAAACACCCAGAGGAUCAGUACAGCAGCAUCGAUUACUACAGUCUGACAGUCUCUGAACAACAUCGAUUAGUACAGUCUGACAGCCUCUAAACAGCAUCGAUUAGUACAGUGUGAGAGCCUCUAAACAGCAGCAUCGAUUAGUACAGUCUGACAGCCUCUAAACAGCAUUGAUUAGUACAGUCUGAGAGCCUCUAAACAGCAGCAUCGAUUAGUACAGUCUGAUAGCCUCUCGACAGCAUCAAUUAGUACAGUCUGACAGCCUCUCGACAGCAUCGAUUAGUACAGUCUGACAGCCUCUAAACAGCAUCGAUUAGUACAGUCUGAGAGCCUCUAAACAGCAUCGAUUAGUACAGUCUGACAGCCUCUAAACAGCAGCAUCGAUUAGUACAGUCUGAGAGCCUGCAGAUAGCAUCGAUUAGUACAGUUUGAGAGCCUCUAAACGGCAUCGAUUAGUAGUCUGAGAGAAUCUAAACAGCAGCAUCGAUUAAUACAGUCUGACAGCCUCUAAAAAGCAGUAUCGAUUAGUACAGCCUGACAGCCUCUAAACAGCAUCGAUUAGUAGUCUGAGAGAAUCUAAACAGCAGCAUCGAUUAGUACAGUCUGACAGCCUCUAAACAGCAGUAUCGAUUAGUACAGCCUGACAGCCUCUAAACAGCAUCGAUUAGUACAGUCUGAGAGGCUCUAAACAGCAUCGAUUAGUACAGUCUGAGAGGCUCUAAACAGCAUCGAUUAGUACAGUCUGAGAGCCUCUAAACAGCAGCAUCGAUUAGUACAGUCUGAUAGCCUCUCGACAGCAUCAAUUAGUACAGUCUGACAGCCUCUCGACAGCAUCGAUUAGUACAGUCUGACAGCCUCUAAACAGCAUCGAUUAGUACAGUCUGAGAGCCUCUAAACAGCAUUGAUUAGUACAGUCUGACAGCUUCUAAACAGCAGCAUCGAUUAGUACAGUCUGAGAGCCUCCAGAUAGCAUCGAUUAGUACAGUUUGAGAGCCUCUAAACGGCAUCGAUUAGUAGUCUGAGAGAAUCUAAACAGCAGCAUCGAUUAGUACAGUCUGACAGCCUCUAAACAGCAGUAUCGAUUAGUACAGCCUGACAGCCUCUAAACAGCAUCGAUUAGUAGUCUGAGAGAAUCUAAACAGCAGCAUCGAUUAGUACAGUCUGACAGCCACUAAACAGCAGUAUCGAUUAGUACAGCCUGACAGCCUCUAAACAGCAUCGAUUAGUACAGUCUGAGAGGCUCUAAACAGCAUCGAUUAGUACAGUCUGAGAGGCUCUAAACAGCAUCGAUUAGUACAGUCUGAGAGGCUCUAAACAGCAUCGAUUAGUACAGUCUGACAGCCUCUGAACAGCAUCGAUUAGUACAGUCUGACAGCCUCUGAACAGCAUCAAUUAGUACAGUCUGACAGCCUCUAAACAGCAUCGUUUAGUACAGUCUGACAGCCUCUGAACAGCAUCGAUUAGUACAGUCUGACAGCCUCUGAACAGCAUCGAUUAGUACAGUCUGACAGCCUCUAAACAGCAUCGAUUAGUACAGUCUGACAGCCUUUAAACAGCAGCAUCGAUUAGUACAGUCUGACAGCCUCUAAACAGCAUCGAUUAGUACAGUCUGAGAGCCUUUAAACAGCAGCAUCGAUUAGUACAGUCUGACAGCCUUUAAACAGCAGCAUCGAUUAGUACAGUCUGACAGCCUCUGAACAGCAUCGAUUAGUACAGUCUGACAGCCUCUGAACAGCAUCGAUUAGUACAGUCUGACAGCCUCUGAACAGCAUCGAUUAGUACAGUCUGACAGCCUCUGAACAGCAUCGAUUAGUACAGUCUGAGAGCCUCUAAACAGCAUCGAUUAGUACAGUCUGACAGCCUCUGAACAGCAUCGAUUAGUACAGUCUGAGAGCCUCUGAACAGCAUCGAUUAGUACAGUCUGACAGCCUCUGAACAGCAUCGAUUAGUACAGUCUGACAGCCUCUGAACAGCAUCGAUUAGUACAGUCUGACAGCCUCUGAACAGCAUCGAUUAGUACAGUCUGACAGCCUCUGAACAGCAUCGAUUAGUACAGUCUGACAGCCUCUGAACAGCAGCUGGUCUUGACCUCUGUAGAAUUUAGACUUAAACUCCUCUUCUGAACAGAAACUCUCUUUCCGUCUGAUUGGAGGAUGAAACUGAAAGGAACCUGUUUUCCUGAACUCUGAUUUCCAGAUCUUCAGUCCUCAGAGACGGUUUUAGUUCUCAGCUGUUUCCUGCUCCUCCUGUUUCUAUGUCUGUCUGAAGUCUUUUGUUGUUUUUGUUUUUUAAAUUAUUUUAAUUAAACAUGUAAACGAUC